GCGGGAUUAGAAUUACAAUCGCUUCCUGCAUCGCAAUGCUGCUUAUGGAUGCCAAAUAUCUUUCAUAUUAAACCCUUUAUCUGUAACGAAUAUAUAUAUAUAUAUAUUUGUAACAACAGCAGCUGAGCGACACAGUGCCGCGAUGGGUUUGUUGACGAUUUUGAAGAAGAUGAAGCAGAAGGAGCGGGAGAUGAGGCUUCUGAUGUUAGGUCUGGACAACGCAGGAAAAACGACCAUCCUAAAGAAGUUUAACGGAGAAGACGUCAGCACCAUCUCCCCAACCCUGGGCUUCAACAUCAAAACACUGGAGCACAGAGGGUUUAAAUUGAAUAUUUGGGAUGUAGGAGGUCAGAAGUCGCUCCGUUCCUACUGGAGGAACUACUUUGAGAGCACAGACGGGCUGGUGUGGGUGGUGGACAGCGCAGACAGACUCAGACUGGAGGAUUGCAGGCAGGAACUCAGUUCACUGCUGCUGGAGGAGAGGUUAGCUGGUGCAACACUGCUGGUUUUUGCCAACAAACAGGACUUACCAGGAGCCCUUUCCAAAGAGGCGAUACGAGAGGCGCUGGCUCUGGAUGAGAUUAAAAGUCAUCACUGGUGUAUCAUUGGCUGCAGUGCAGUAACAGGAGAGAACUUGUUAUCUGGAGUGGACUGGCUAUUAGAUGAUAUCGCUGCGAGGAUCUUCACUGCCGACUGAGCAUGACCAUGGAGUUCAGAAGUAUCAAAAAAGAGCUCCAUUUUUUUUGUUCCAUCAGCUGUUUGCAGUCUCCAGAGCUGACUGUAUCCAUGUCCACCUAAUGCACACAGCUUUUUUUUUUUCUCAUUCUAUGUUCAUGUAGGCUGUUGAUCCAGGUAUCUUGGAGGGAGAGUGAUCAACAGUGAGAAUUCCUCUGAUUUCAAAUGUACUGAAACCUUGAGUUUUGUUUACACACAACUGUAUGUAAUGCCUCACUGUAUCAAAUGUUUCUAAUAAAACUUGAUGCCUAA